CGCUCGGCGGCAACGCAGCUCGCCCGCACCGACAAUGCUUUGAAGGCACCGGAGGCUCGUCUGCGGUGAUUGGAGAGAAAAGGGACAACCUCGUCCUCCUCAAACAUCGAGCGAGGUCGAGGGGUUGGGGGGGACCAGCAGGCAGAAAAGCGGCAAGGACGACAAGAAGGCGGUGGACUUUUUUUUAUUUUAUUUUUAUUUUAAAUGUUUUAAAAAAAACCUUAAAGCGAGCCGGGAGUGGUUUUCAUCGUCCGCACUUCGUUGUAGAAAGUAACUGACCCCCCCCAGCAGCAUUCGUCAUGUCAUCGUCCGGUAAAGACAACAGCGGAGCCCCGCAUGCCAAUUACGUGGGACCGUACCGUUUGGAGAAGACGCUGGGCAAAGGACAAACAGGAUUGGUCAAGCUCGGAGUUCAUUGUGUAACAUGCCAGAAAGUUGCCAUAAAGAUUGUCAACCGGGAGAAACUCAGCGAGUCAGUACUCAUGAAGGUGGAGCGAGAAAUAGCCAUUCUGAAGCUCAUAGAACACCCGCAUGUUUUAAAGCUACAUGACGUCUAUGAAAAUAAAAAAUACUUGUACCUUGUACUAGAACUUGUGUCCGGUGGGGAAUUGUUUGACUACCUGGUGAAGAAAGGCAGACUAACACCUAAAGAGGCCAGGAAAUUCUUCAGACAAAUCAUGUCUGCUCUGGAUUUUUGUCACAGUCAUUCCAUAUGCCACAGAGACCUGAAGCCGGAGAACCUGCUGCUCGAUGAGAAGAACAACAUCAGGAUAGCAGACUUCGGUAUGGCUUCUCUUCAGGUUGGAGAUAGUCUGUUGGAAACCAGCUGCGGAUCUCCACAUUAUGCCUGUCCAGAGGUCAUCAGGGGGGAGAAAUACGACGGGAGGAAAGCGGACGUCUGGAGCUGUGGGGUCAUUCUUUUCGCCCUAUUGGUGGGUGCUCUGCCUUUUGAUGACGACAACCUGAGGAAUCUGCUAGAGAAAGUAAAGUUAGGAGUGUUUCACAUGCCCCACUUCAUCCCUCCAGACUGUCAGAACUUACUGCGGGGCAUGAUAGAAGUAGAUGCCUCCAAAAGACUAAAGCUAGAACAGAUCCAGAAGCACACAUGGUACAUAGGGGGUAAGAACGAGCCGGAACCUGAGCAGCCCGUGCCGAGGAAGGUGACCAUCCGCAGCCUCCCGUCUGCAGACGACAUCGACCCAGACGUCCUGGACAGCAUGCACUCUCUUGGCUGCUUCAGAGACAAGAACAAGCUGCAGAAAGACUUGCUCUCAGAUGAUGACAACCAAGAAAAGAUGAUCUACUUCCUGUUACUGGACCGUAAGGAGAGGUACCCCAGUCAAGAGGACCAGAACCUUCCUCCUCGCAAUGAGAUAGAUCCCCCCAAGAAGCGGGUUGACUCUCCCAUGUUGAACCGACAUGGAAAGCGGAGACCGGAGAGGAAGUCCAUGGAAGUCCUCAGUGUCACAGACGGAGGCUCGCCUGUGCCGGCCAGGAGAGCCAUCGACAUGACACAGCACGGCCAACGGUCACGGUCCAUCAGCGGAGCUUCUUCAGGCCUCACAACCAGCCCGCUCAGCAGCCCGCGGCCAGUUAGAAAGUUUAGUGUUCCACCUCAAAUCCCCGAUUUGCCGCAGUCUACAAACACCAGCCCCUGUCCUUCCCCCGAGCCAAUUCCAAAUCGCACAGGCCCACGGAUCUCCACGCCGAACUCACUCGCCCCGAGCGCCGAGGCCGUUUUGGCCGCUCUUAACAAGACACAAACUCUCCCGACCAAGCCCAAAGUUGCCCCUAAGGCUCUUCAAGCCACAAGAUCCAACCCGCUCCCUGAAGCUUCAUUAGAUGCAACAACCUCGCCGGAGUCUUUAGCUCCGUCCCAGAUCUCGUCACACCCCGCAUCCAUCUCUAUGCCCCCCACGCCAACCUCCCCGCUAUCGCCAACCUCUCCGAGCCCCGUUGCUUCCAUCUUAAACACCCCCCAAGUGAGGCGCUCCCAUUUCGCUGCCAACCCCCAACUCUCUGUGCCCUUCAGCCCAGCGGUGCCUCCCUCCUCAAUCCGUCUGCACCACUUUCACCCAGUCACACCCACGCCUUCUUCAUAUGCUGACCACCCACCUAAAUCUAUCCCCCUCAUACAGGUUACACCCCACCCCUCCCCUAGAGGUAGCCCCCUACCGACCCCCAAGGGCACCCCGGUGCACACGCCCAAGGACAGCCCGGCCGGAACUCCCAGCCCGACGCCGCCCCCCAGCCCCUCCAUUGGCGGCAUGCCAUGGAGGACGCGCCUCAAUUCCAUCAAGAACAGUUUCCUGGGUUCCCCACGCUUCCACCGCAGGAAACUCCAAGUUCCCACGCAAGAUGAGAUGUCGAGUCUCACUCCAGAGUCUUCCCCAGAACUUGCCAAAAAAUCCUGGUUUGGUAACUUUAUCAACCUGGAAAAGGAGGAGCAGAUCUUCAUUGUCAUCAGGGACAAACCUCUCAGCUCCAUCAAGGCCGACAUUGUUCAAGCAUUUCUCUCGAUCCCAAGCCUGAGCCACAGCGUCAUUUCGCAGACCAGUUUCCGAGCGGAGUACAAGUCCACAGCUGGUCCGACAGUCUUCCAGAAGCCGGUCAAAUUCCAGGUGGACAUCACCUACACGGAGAGCACAGCUGCCACCAAGGAGAACGGCAUCUACUCCGUCACCUUCACCCUGCUCUCAGGACCCAGCCGACGCUUCAAGCGAGUAGUGGAGACCAUCCAGAGCCAGUUGUUAAGCACACAUGACCAGCCUGGAGUCCAGCAGCUGUCUGGACUCAUCCAGAAAACCUAUUAAGUUCCAUCCCCGCUCUGUCCCUGCUUCACCGUCCUCCCCCCAAUUGCCAUGAGAGAGACCAUGCUUUUUGAGCUUUGGGUUACCAUGGAAACGGACGUCUACCUUCAUCGUCAACCUCUCCUUUUCACCCCCACUGUAGAAGUAGAUGAAAAUACCUUUGGUGUGUCCCCCCCCUUCCCGAUACUCUUGCACCCGCCCCCCCAAAAAAACAGGCGCCUUUGCCUCGAGGAGCAUUUUGUCCAACAUAUGCACACAACGAUGUGGGAUGUCUUACCAACUACGUGACGGAGCAGGAGACGUGCGGACGCUGGAUUGUACUUUUCUUUUUAAAAGGUGUGACUUGAGGCGAAAUAACGCUACUGCUGCAAACGAACUGUGACCCGAGAGACGCGGGGGAGGGAAGGAACCUUGCUAACCUGGCAAAAUAGGGUAACGGAUGAUGUAAUCUGUUGUACAGACUUGUUUCUUAUGUACAAAGUCAAAGAAUUGUCUAGUUGUGACACAAUGUUUAGAUACCGUCUAGGGAAGUCAUGUGUAUUUUUGAUCGAUCCAAACCAUUGAUUUGUCCAUUGAUGACCUCUCACUUACCAGCAGUAGGAGUAGAAGAACAAAGCAACAAAAAAAUGUGAUCAAUGCACUCGUGCUUAUUUUUCUAUUUCUUCCCCCCGACCUUAUUUAUUCAUCUGUGUCAUGUCCUCAUUUAUUAACACUUGACUAUUUAUAUGAACAAAGCUGUUAGCUCAGUUGAAUGUUAUUUAUUAUUAUUAUUAUUAUUAUUAAUAAUAACCUUUUGUGUGUUGGAAAAUGGGGCGUUGUUACAAGAAGAACUUUUCUUUUGGUCUAAUUUUAGCUGAAUGAUCCGUCUUUUUCCUUGACGAAGAGAGGAAAGACAACUUGUAUUUACAAAAAAAAAGAACAAUUCCAGUGAUUUAAGAAUGUAGACUUAGCCUCUUUUUGGAGAGAAGGAAUGCUCUUUUAUCGCUAUUUGUGCGUUUCAUAUUGUUUGCAACAGCCGGGCCUGAGAUUGAGCUCAACAUGGAUCCAUGGUUGUAAAUAGACCAUUUCAAAAAAAAAAAAAAAAACAACAACAACACGGUUGGUUGUUUUCUUCCCAUGCUGGAGAUUCUUGCUCUCUGCUUUAGCUCGUGUUGUCGUCUGCAUGUCCAACACCAGCUUUUCUUUGCAUGGCUUUGGUGUUAAUGUUCCACGCUGGUCUCGCCUCUAAACGACCUUUUUAUGUUCUACUUUCUACCUGAAAUUCCUAACCUCUUUUGUUUUGGUGUUUUUUCUUCCCCUGUUCAUUUUCAAAUCUUUGCACCUGCUUCUCCUUUUAUCUCUUGUCGUGUGGCCAGAAGACACUGGGAGAGGACGUCAAUACUAACAAACUCAAAAGCAAUAGAAUAAUGUUCACUCUCCUUUUUGUUUUGGACGCACGGGAAAGCAAGCAGCCGAUCGACUCAGCAGGAAGUAAACAGAUGAUGUAAUAAUCCCCGUAUAACGUAACUACUGUGAGCAUCCUCAGUGCUGAAACAAAUAAACUCAUUCCGAUACUGUC